GAAAGAGCCAUGUCUCUAGCUGUACGAGUCACUUGCCUUGAAACUCUUGGAAUCACGCUUUAAUCAAUGCGCCCUGGCGAAGAUGGAGGGUCUCGCGGCGAUAUCCUUGCAAAUAGAUGUCGUGCCUGACUUUAACCUAAACGGAGAACGGAUCAGAUGGGUCACCGAGCAAUCCAUCCGAACCUCUGUCUCGCGUCCAGGAACACGUAUUCGAGAAGUACCUUGGGUGACUUGGAAAAGAUCACGGAACAGCUGGAGUGGUGGG